UAUAAUAAAAAAAAAAACAAAAAUAACAAUUAGAGGCGUUGAGGCGUUGGCAUAUUUUGUUCGCUCUUAAAGAUAAUUAAAAAUAUAACUCUCCUCCGAAAAUAAGCGUGUAAUAUAGAUUGAAACUCGAAUAAUAUUCAAAUACAAUUUGUAAAUUUAACAAAAAACAAGCAGUGAUCAACAAUUAAAACAAAAAACAUCUAAUUGGCAUCGAUCGAAUAUUUUCGCAAUACCCACCAACAGCUAUUGAGAAAAUGCAUUAAAACUGGAUUACAAACAGCAGACCAUAUAUACAUAUAUUAAGAAAUAGAAAAAAACAAAAGAAAACCACUCGACCAACAACCAACCGCAAUAACCAUACCAGGGCCAAACCAAGAUCGUUUUCCAUCUUCUUCGUCAAUACCUUUUGCUACGCUUAGAUGAGCAAAUUAAUAAUAAUUACAAGCCUACAUAUGCGUGUGCGCAAAUAACUCAAUACUGUGUUUGCACAUCCAGAUACGAUUUUUUCAAGAUUAUAAUGGCUACACCUGUGGGCCACUAGUUCCAAUUACUAGCCGGAGUAAAGGAAAGAUUUCUGUGAUCCUGAAAAAAUUGAAGACCUCUCCCCCCCAAAUAUAAGCAAUGCAUCACCAUCAUCCCCAUACAGCUGCUGCAGCAACAACAACAACAAUGACUUCAGCAAAUACCCCACCGGCCGCAGUGCCAGCCACAACAACAAUCACCGCCUCUGUUCCAUUACAACAAGCACCACCCCCCACCACUACCACCAGCAACAGUGCCCAGCCACCCACUCAACGCAGACGUAAGAAACGGCCCAAUUAUGGUACCCGAACAGUUGAGGUGCGACGUGGUUAUAAUGGUUUUGGUUUUACCAUAUCCGGCCAGCAGCCAUGUCGUUUGUCAUGCAUCAUUGCCAAUUCACCGGCCGAUCAGGCGGGUCUACGUGCUGGAGAUUUUUUAAUUUCGGUCAACGGUUUAAAUGUCUCCAAACUGCCGCACGAGACAGUGGUUCAAUUGAUUGGCAAUUCAUUUGGUAGCAUUCGCAUGCAAAUUGCCGAACAUUACUAUUCGGAUAGUACGGAUGAAGAGAACGCCGUGGCGGCUGGUAUGCCAAUGUUGCCCAGUAUGGGUCCCUCGCGUCCACGUUAUAUCUAUCACAAAAUAAAACAACAGCGAUUGCGGCAGCAUUUGCCACAGAAGAAAUCGUUUGAUGCGAAUGUAACACCGAGGACAUCAUCCGGCGCUGCGACGGCACAGCUAUGGAAAAAGUUACCACAACCUUUGAUGAAAUCGAUAUCCGUGGAAGCUGCAGCAGUUGCGAAUAAGAGAAAAGUGAAUGAAAAGUUGCCCAGCGAAGUGCCCGCCGCAGCUGUACACAGUGGCCCAUCCCAUUUGUUGCAACAACAGGCUGCUGUGGCAACGGCCAAUUUUAGGGCCCUGGUCAUGCGUGGUCCCACCAGUGCUGCUUUGGAAUACCGAGCCAUUGUUGGAUAUCUGGGCACCAUAGAAAUGCCCAAACAAAUCGCCAACAGCAGCAAAUUACAAACGGUACGAUCGUGCAUACGAAAGUUACGACAGGAAAAACGCCAACCCACUGUUGUCCUCAUGAUCAUCUUACCCGAUUGCCUAAAACUCCAGGCGAAUAAUGGUAAAAUUUUGGCCACAUAUCCAUCGGCUCGUUUGAAUUAUGUUAGCUCUUCGUCGGAGAGUGAAAAUCGUUUCUUUGGUUUGGUAACGAGUGCUGUUUAUAGUCCCCAAUUGGAUGAUGUUGAUGAUGAGGACGACGAGGAGGAGAGGGGGGAGGGAGAGGAUCAGGUGGAUAAUGCCAACAACCAUCACGGUGGUGAUCAAGCUAGGGCUAACAAUGUCAAUGGCCCAGGCGAGGCGAAUGAUCGAAGACCCCCGGCCCUGGGAACCUCCUCUAGUGUGGACAACAAUGUUAUCAUUUCCAAUUCAUGUCAUGUCUUUGUGGUGGACACCAAACUCUGUGAACAUCAACAACAUUUAGCCAAAGCCCAAGAAUUUUGCAUAGAAUGUACCAAAGAUCCCAUAUCGAAUUUAUGCCUAGAGUUUCCCAACAAUUCCGAAUAUGUGGUCAAUCUCAUACGCAGCAUGUACACCAUGCGGAUUGUACCGCCGAUAACGCAACGCUCAAUAUCCGAUGAUCCAACCAUACAUGGUCGUAAUAAUCAUGAAAAUAUUGCUCACUCUCCGCAGCCCAGUAAUCACAGUGAGGUGUCCACAACAACAUCAAAUUCAGAUUCUGGCAUUGGCUACAACAACGAUUGUUCCAAUGUCACAGAUCGCAUUGUCUUGGUAGAUUUUCCCGUGCACAAUGCUGCAGCAGCUGUGAGAGUGGUGCCUGGUGCUAACAACGCCAAUGCCAUUGUUUCACCCAAACGUCCACAGAAUAUAUGUGAACAGAGUAUAAACUCCCAAGAAGAAAUACCUUCGUCGAGCAAACAUAUGGCCAGCCCAGCAUUGCACAUUGCGGCGGCUACUGAACAGACUAAAGCCAGCUACAAUAGUCCAGGACGUUCCUUGACUGUGUCCCGAUCAUGUGAUGAUGUACUAAAUUUAAUUGAACAAGAAUCGGAAGAUAAUCUGCAGAAUUUAGAUAAUCUCACAACCGCUGUGCCAUUCCAGCAAUGCUAUGCCUCCAUGGAUGACAUAUCGCUGUACACAGCCUCAAUGGAGAAUGAGGAUAAUUUAAAAACAACGAUUCUACAACGAAACCCCAAAUCUGAAACCUCCACACCCCACGAUAAUGUCACCGUACUUCGCGAAGAGAGGAGAAAAUCCUUAAAUCUAAAAAUAACCACAUCGAAUAGUUUACAAAAUAUUUCCAUACAAGAGCCGGCCACUGGCAAUGAUAGCUCCCUCAACAAGCUAGCAAGUACUCCUGAUUUGUCAAGGAUCGAAUGUAACGAUGCCUUGUCGACAUUUGAGCGGGGUUGGAUACAGACCUCGCUGAGGACACCACGAGCCGAUAAACACACCAUACAUCUGUCGGCACCAAGUCAAGAUAAUGCCACCGAUGGACAACCCCAAUCCCAGCAAUUCGCCAGUCCCAGUAUCAGCCGCUCAGCAUCGAUGAGCAACAGUAGUGAGCGUAGCUCUUUUAAGAAAAAACUUGCCGAUAGUUUAAAAUCGAAUCUGAAAAAGGGUCCCACUGCCUGGGGUACAUCCAUUGAGAUGCUACUUGCCGAUCCGGCGGGCCUCAAGACUUUUGCCGAAUUUCUAAAACUCGAAUAUGCCGCUGAAAAUAUUUACUUUUGGACCGCGUGUGAACGUUAUCGCAAUCUGGAGUCGGAGAACGAACGGCGUGAACAGGCAUUGGAAAUUUUUAAAAAACAUUUGUCAAGUGGUUCCAUGGAACCGGUGAAUGUCGAUUCCCAGGCCCGUUGCAUGGUUGAACGAAAUCUGGGCAUUGCCGGGCCCGACCUUUUCCACCCGGCCCAAAAGCAGAUUUUCAAUUUAAUGAAAUUCGAUAGCUAUCAACGAUUCCUGCGUUCCGAACUCUACAAACAAUGUCUACAGGCAGAGAAAAAGGGUAAAUCUCUACCCUAUUCGGGUGAUAAUUUGGAUGAACUUUUGAAGACGACAAAUUUUUCAGAAAGUGCCUCAUUAAAGUUAAAGAAAUCGGCAAGCAACGUCGAAGAGGGGCGCCCACGUAGGAGUCUAUUGCCGUGGCAUCGCAAAACCAGAAGUAAGUCUCGUGAUCAAAUCGCCCAGGACAGUGUCAAGGAACAGCCGACAAUUUCCUCCACCAAAAGCCAAGGUGCCCAUGGUCUAAAACCCAAUGUCAUGCAUGGUUCUGCUUCUUCGCUGACAUCAUUUGAUGCCCUCUCGUUCAACAACAAUGUGUGCCGUAUUAAAUUUCCCGAUGGGGCCACAACCAUGGUGCAAAUCAAGAGCCAAGAAACUGUGGCGGAAUUGGUGGAACGUUUAAUGGAGAAACGUAGUAUACGCUAUCAAUUCUUUGAUGUCUCCAUCAAAGGUCCUCCCAGCAAAUCCGUGGAUCUAAAAUCACUGGCCAAGGAAUUGGCCAACAAAGAAGUUGAGAUCGAACAAAGAGUUGCCUUCAAAUUGGAUUUGCCAAUACCAAAGGUGAUAUCGGUGAAAAGUAAACCCCGCAAACAGCUAUACGAAGUGGUUAGACCCAUUCUACAAAGAUAUCACAUCAAUCCGGAACUCGUUGAAGUACUGAUGCGAGAGACACAAACAAAAGUGGAUUUGACCCAACUGGUGACAGCCGUUAAUGAGCAACGCCUUCAGGUUGUGUAUAAAAAGGAAGUACCCUAUCAUCGUAAGGCACCCACCAUUGCAAAGAAAACCAUUGCCGAUGGCCUACAAACCACCCAAAUCACAUUGGAUGAAAUAACAAAUAAAGUUUUCAGUGAUUUAAUGCAAGUCAAACAACAUCAGGAGGAGGCGGCGGCGUCCGCGGGAACGGCAAUGAAACCAAAAUUUGAUCAAUGCUCAACGAAAUCCGAAGAAUGUCCAUCGGAGUCGUCAUCGUCAUUUUUUAAAUUAAUGAAAUCCAAAAGAGAAUCUAUGAAUGCCAAUGCAGCCGCAGCAGCAGCACUAGCAGCUAACCGUGGCCCGAACAAAACAAAAAAGACUGCCACGCAACACAGUUCUUCGUUGCUGGCCUCUGAUAAUAAAAUCAUUCCAAACAAAUUAAAGUCUGGCGGCAUUAAGCUGCCUCUGCCUCUUAAGAUGGCCGAUAAGCAGGAUGAUCUAUUGGAGGAUUUAAAACGUGCCCAGUUGGCACGUUUGGAAGAUCAAAGGGGUACGGAGAUAAAUUUUGAAUUACCAGAAUUUUUAAAAUACAACGACAAUUUGAAUAAAUCCAAUACGAGUGGAGAAAAGCCAACGGCUGAAGAAGAACAUGAACAAAAAGAAACGCCCACAUUUGUGGAAAGGCCGCCACAGCCAGCACCACGUCAUUCCAUUAGUAAUAAGUCGAAAUUGAUGGGCAGCAAUACAUCGCCCGUAAAGAAUGACAUCAACAGCGCGAUUGAUAGGACUUCGGAAAAAAUUGAUAACAACACCACACCCUCUAAGGGUCCACCACCGCUACCACCCAAACCUAAAGUUCUACCCAUUAAACCCUCCAAUUGGGGUGUCAACAUCUUGCAAUUGAGAGAAAUGUCUCCAACAACGCCACCACCACCCCUAUCACCGUCCCCGUCAUCAUCGCUUUUGCCAACUCCCACAAUUGCAUCGCCGCAAUUGACCAAUGUCAAUGUGGUUGCUGUGCCCGCUUCCUCCUCGAAUUCCAGUCCAAAUGGCCGUUGUGCCUAUUUGGAUCAACCUAGUAGUAGUUUUGUUUAGCUCCAUUCCUGUGACCAUCAUAUUUUAAGCAGAAUCGAAGAAAUCGAAUAAGAUUGAUUGAUUUUCUGUAAAAUUACAUUGCAUUAAAUGUAUGUUUGUAUAUUUAUAUUAAAACAAACCGCUAUAUAUAAAUCUAGAUACAGUUUUUAACAAAAUUUAAUUAUUUAUGUGUGUAUAUGUAUCAAACGUGUACUUUUUUAUGCAAAUUUAAUUUUUAAAAAACAUGCUAUGGGAAAAUAAUGAAAAAGACUUAAAAAUAAAGUUUAUACAUUUUUAGUGAAAUAAA